GAAGUCGCUAUUUUUGUAUCCAAUAUCAGUGUAUCCCUAUUUCAACUUCGUUCCUGCCCUUCAGGUAUCAAAAUCCCCAAUUACUUAUCGACAAAAUCGUUUUUGGUUUCUCGAAGAAAUUCUUUUUAAUCAUUAUCGUGGGAGUUUAAACCGAUCUCUAAUUUGUUUGUUAACAAGUGUGCCUGAAAUUCUGAAUGGAUACAGUGGAUUGUAGCUGAUUCCAUCUUCUGAUAGAACCCAAAACCUUAGCAAUAGAUCCAUGGCAACUGGAACUUCUUCAUCGUCUUUACUUCCUAUUGAUGAAGAAGAUGAGAUAUUGAUGCUAUACGGGUCCGAAUCAGGUUGGGUUGAGGCCAAAACUCACUGUGAUCACCUGGCUUCUUUGUCAUCUGAUCUCACCCAUAUUCCAACUCCUGAUACUCCUUGCAACAGGUGCCAACAUCCAGCAGAGAACUGGCUAUGUUUGUGUUGCAAGGAGGUUCUUUGCAGUCGAUUUGUUAAUAAGCACAUGCUCGAGCAUUACAAGCUGACCGAUCACUCUUUAGCCCUCAGCUUUAGUGAUCUAUCAGUAUGGUGUUUCUCCUGCAAUGCGUAUUUAGAUGCCCAAGUUAUAAUGCCGUUGCAGUCUGUUCAUUUCACUGCCUACGUACUGAAGUUUAAUGAGCCUCCACCUUUACGAGCAGUGGAGUGUGUACAUAUUACAGAUAACAGAGCAGACGGUUCUUCUACUUCUGGGAAGUAAUUUUUUCAUCUUCUCUUUGAUGCCUGUGAUGUUAGGCUGUUUAAAAAUUCUCUUCAAACUGAUUUCUCUAUAGGAAAAUGGUUUAGCAAAAACCAAUUUGGAUCAUGGUGUUUUUAUCUAGAUAUUGGCACAUUAACCUCUUAUUUCUGUGCU